CGCAUAAUAAACUAGAUAAAGAUGCUAUAUUUAGUUUUAACACAUUGUAUUAAGGAAGUCCUGUAAAGUUUAUAGGUAGAUGGUAAUAUACAAACUUAUCAUGUUGGCUAUUCUCUUUAUAUUUUCUUCAAUUUUAACAACAGUGUCCAGCUAUGACACGUGUUACAGCUACGGCUUUUACACCAAAAGAUGCUACGGGGACGAAUAUUGCUGUGGCACCUAUAAUGACAAAUGCUGUGACCCUGCGACUCUCUCCACUGCCGCUCUCGUCGGGAUUGUCAUCGGGGGGUUACUUGUCGUCAGUGUUAUUGUCACCUUCAUCUGCGUCUGUGCCAAGAAAAACCAGCGGGCGCAGGGGACUGUGAUUCGCCCAAAUCCAGAACCCUCCAUCGCAAUGGUCCAGAUGUAUGGACAAGGAGGUGCAUUUAUGUACCCUGCCCCAGGCCAGGCACAGCCCUACCUUCUUCCGCCUAGCUACAACCAAGCUCAGACUGCGGGCACAUGUCAACACCCUCCGCAAUACACGGAAGGAUUUCAAGCACCAAAGUCAGAGAACCUCCCGCCUCCUCCCAUGUACGGCCCGUAGACAUAGGGGUUGUGAUUCAGGAAAAACAACACCUUGGUUGGUGGGUCGCAUCAAAAACACGCCAUACAUACACGUAUCAUAUCCAAUAUUUCAAAAGGAUCUUAACAGUGAAUACAUGUAAUAAGAAUAUACUAGUUUUCUUUAAUAACUUAUUAAUUUAUGUUUAAUCAGUUAUUUAAAACAUAACGAUAAAAAAGUAUGCACAAAGGUGGAACGGAAAACAUUAUAGAACAACAUUUCAGGUGAACCAUUUACUAAAAUGCUUUUGUGUUUAUUUUGCACUUAAAUUUAUGUACUAUGUGAUUCUGUUUUGUUGUAAUGGUUAUACAAUUAUGUGGUUUCCAGUGUCGUAUUAAUAUGUAUCGUAAUGUGAAGUCGUCUUUCAUAUUGAAAACCUAGAGAUACUUUGAACGCAUAUGGAAUGUCUAUUUCUUGUUGUUGAUGUUUUGAUAUAAUUAUAAUAUGUAUUUGGA